AGUCAAAACAAUAAUUAUAUUAAUAUAAUUAUUUAUGUCGCAAGGAAAGACAUAUUGCUAGUUAAGGGUAAGGCUGCUGCUACUGCUGAAUGUUAGUACAGAGUAACACGCCCUCACCAAUCAUCGUUUCAGCGUUUCUUUCUCUUCAUUCGUCCUUCUUUCUCUCUCUCAGCCCCCAAAUCCAACCCUAUCUCCAAGCCAUCAUUUUGAGCGUUGGUGACUGUUACGAUGGACGCAAACUUUCCCGAAGCUAGCGAUAUCUACCAUUUUGGUGAAGACGGGAGCAUUCUAGCUUCGGAUCCAAGUCAAUACCCAACGGACUGGUAUGUCUCCGAAUCACUUGCUUUUGCAACCACCGACCCUUCGUCCGUGGCAGGGACGGAUCCUUCGUUGGAAGACAACGAUUUUUCAGAAACUGCUAAGUUCAUAGGCCAAAUACUGAUGGAAGAGAACGUUGAACAGAGACCCUUCUAUGACUCUCUCAGCUUGCAAGUUACAGAGAAAUCCUUCUACGAUGCUCUCACUGAUAACGCUUCUCUUUCCCCUAAUCAACACCCUCUUGUUCUCAGCCCCGAAGGUGGAACCAGUAGCAGUAGCAGUAACAGUAACAGUAACAGUAACAAUAGCGGUAACAACUUUUCGUAUGAAAAUUCUCAUUUGUUGAAGCCUCCUUCUCCAGACUCCCCUGUUUCUAUCCCUGUAUUUCAGUUUAAUUCUCAUGUUGUUUCUCAAUCGCCACCACCUUCCCUUAGUGUUAAUGAUGGACUUUUACAUUUGGAUUCUUCUAUUACCAAACUCUUGGCACAAAAUAUUUUCAGUGAUGUUGAUUCUGUUUCCCAGUUUAAGAGAGGGUUGGAGGAAGCUAGCAAGUUUCUUCCGCCGGGGCCGAAGCUUGUGACGGGUCUAGAGCCUAAGGGAGGAUCAUCUGAUGUAGUAGAGGAUUCGAUCGGGUUGAGAAGUAGGAAGAAUCAUGAGCGCGAAGAGAGUGAUUUCAGACAAGAAGGGAGAAGUAGUAAGCACUCUGCGCUUAGCGUUGAGGAUGAGAGCGAUUUGUCUGAUGCUUUUGAUAGAUUGUUCGUUAAUGUGGGAAAUGUGUGUACUGAAAACUAUUAUUUGCAGCGUGAAACAGUGAAUGCUGAGCAGCGAGGUGAAAAGGGUGAAGGAGGGAAGGGUCGUCCUAAGAAACAAGGAGGGAAGAAGGAGACAGUGGAUUUGAGGAAUCUUCUGCUUAUGUGUGCACAAGCUGUGUAUGCCAAUGAUAACAGGACUGCUAAUGAAUUGUUGAACCAGAUUAGGCGGCAUGCUCUCCCCAAUGGGGAUGCAUCACAGAGGUUAGCUUAUUACUUUGCUAAAGGCCUUGAGGCGCGUUUGGUUGGUGAUGGUACGGGUGCACAAGGAAUGUUUUCCUCUCUUAGUUCCAAGAGGAUCACUGUUGCUGAGCUUUUGAAAGCACACCAAACUUUUCUGUCUGCUUGCUCUUUCAAGAAGUUUACAUAUUUCUUUGCUAAUAAGAUGAUUAUGAAAACAGCCGCAAAGGAAGAAACCCUUCAUAUAAUUGAUUUUGGUAUCCUCUAUGGUUUCCAGUGGCCAAUACUUAUUAAGUUUUUGUCAGAUAGAGAGGGUGGACCUCCUAAGCUGAGGAUCACAGGGAUAGAGUUCCCUCAACCUGGCUUUCGUCCCUCGGAGAUGAUUGAGGAGACUGGUCGCCGUCUUGCUAACUAUUGCCAGCGUUACAAUGUUCCCUUUCAGUACCAUCCCUUGGCAUCAAGGAACUGGGAAACCAUUCAGGUUGAAGACCUUAAAAUCGAGAGCAAUGAGGUAGUUGCUGUGAACUGUCUGAUGAGGUUUGAAAAUUUACUGGAUGAGACUAUUGAAGUGAACAGUCCUAGAAAUGCAGUCCUGCAUUUGAUCAGGAAGAUAAAUCCGGCUAUUUUUACUCACUCCAUUGUCAAUGGAUCUUAUAAUGCCCCUUUCUUUGCCACACGGUUUAGGGAGGCGCUGUUCCAUUUCUCUACUAUUUAUGACAUGUGUGACACUGUCAUACCUCGUGGAAAUGAAAUGAGGAUGAUGAUUGAGAGGGAGAUUUUGGGCCGGGAGGCUAUGAAUGUUAUAGCAUGCGAAGGUUCUCAGAGGGUUGAGAGGCCUGAGACAUACAAGCAGUGGCAAGUUAGAAAUACGAGGGCUGGUUUCAAGCAGCUCCCACUGAAUGAGGAAUUAAUGGCCAAAUUUAGGACAAAGUUAAAGGAAUGGUACCACAAAGAUUUUGUCUUUGAUCAAGAUCAGAACUGGAUGCUUCAAGGUUGGAAGGGUCGCAUUUUGUAUGCUUCCACAUGUUGGGUGCCAGCAUAAUGAGAUGCUAUUGGACUCUGUUAAGUACUCAUACUAGACUAAAGGUUAUGGUAUCCUAGGUCUUACCUACUUGCUUAACCUUCACGUGCUGUGAUGAAUUAUACGAAGCUUUCCACUAAGUUACUCGGUAAUAUUAUGACACGACUUUUGUGGUAGAGUUGAGACUAGAAUGUAAUGCAAGUUCUAUGAUGAUAAGGAGCGCAUUUUAGAGUAGGAAGGUCCUUUAGCAUGUUUGCCUGAGUAUUUGCAAUCAAAAUGUUAUUAGUUUUUUUCUCUCUAACCAACAUGUAUUAGAUUUCACAUCCUUCUAAAUAAAUUUGUAGAAUAUUUUUCCAGGAUACAUUGUUUCUUGAGCCAAAUUAGCUACUUAAUUGACAAGAUAUGAUUAAUUUGAAACAUAUGACUAUGUUAAGUUAGCUCUUUUCCAGUGAUAGUUAUUGCUAGUCUCCUUCAUAAUUUUGUAAUUUUGUUUUAUCGCAGCAACUUCUAUUUAACUCAUGAUUUCCACUCAUGGCAUCUGUAAAUAUGGCUGGUAUUUGUUCCACUAACCAAUAACUCAUAUUUAU